CAAGCAGAGCGGAGCGCGGGAGAGCGGACGGGAGAGCUCUGCAGAGGGCUUGGCGCGGGUCGGCGGGCGCCGCUCAGCCCCCGAGUCCCCAACCCCGCACAACACAGACUCGGCCCCGCCCUGCGCCAGCUCUGCCCAGCCGAGGACUCCCAGCACCAGCAUGGACUGCUGCACCGAGAGCGCCUGCUCCAAGCCCGACGACGACAUUCUAGACAUCCCGCUGGACGAUCCUGGUGCCAAUGCUGCCGCUGCCAAAAUCCAGGCGAGUUUCCGGGGCCACAUGGCGAGGAAGAAGAUCAAAAGCGGAGAGCGUGGCCGGAAGGGCCCGGGCCCCGGGGGGCCUGGCGGAGCUGGGGGCGCCCGGGGAGGCGCGGGCGGCUGCCCCAGCGGAGACUAGGCCAGCACUGAGCAUAUUCUAAGUUCCCGAGGAGAGAUGGAUGCCGCGUCCCCUUCGCAAUGACGAGACUUCCCUGCCGUGUUUGUGACCCUCUCCUUCCCACCAACCUGCCAGCUUCAGGAGCCUCCCUGCGUCCCCAGAGACCUGUCCCAGGCAAGCUCCGUCGAGGAGUCGCUAAGUCUGUGCCCUUUUAGUUAGUUCAUUCUAGUAUGGUCCCGGUUCGCCCUUCCUCCUUACCCGAGCACCAAACCUCGCGCUCCCCAAUCGUCAUUCUUUGCUUCUCGCCCCUCUCCCCGCACCAGCAUGCAACUCUGCCUCCGCAGCCUCCCGACGCUCCCAUGUGUGCACCGCGGAGGGCGCCCUAGCCUCUGCGUUGCCGGACGACACCCACUUAAAAAAAAAAAAAUCCUUUCUUUGCGUGCACAGCUAAAGCGGGGGGCGGGGCGGGGGCCUUCGUCUCAGUGCUGUUUCCGCCCCCGCCCCUCCCCAGAACUUUGGAUUUGGGGCAGAGAGAAGAGAAGGUUUUUAUGGUAUCGGAUACCCCUCGCUCUGAUGAGAAGGGAAAUCCCUAUUUCACAACCCACCCCCACGCCUGCGCGUAAACCGCCCUUCCCUCGCCCCAACGUACCCGGAGAGCCACCCCCACCCCCAGCUCUCCUGUUAUGCAAAUACAGAGCUCCCGGGAGGCUCGGUGGGAGGAGUCUGCCGUGGCCCAACCCCCGCCCUGCUGGCCCAAUCCCGCCGGGCUCCUGGGGCUGUGGCCGGAAGGUUUUUUAUCUCCGUAUGUGCAUGUGACUGUGCUGGGUUGGAAUGUGAACAAUAAAGAGGAAUGUCCAAGUGUU